AUGGGCGCGUAUUUUCUAUGGUGGGGGUUGGUUGGACCUACUGGUGUGCUGGGGCGCGCUCGUGCUUUCUGGGUGGUGGUUGACGCUGAGAGCAGAGCAGGAGUGCCCGCGUCGACCACCAUUUCUAAGGUGCGUGGCGAGUCAGGUGUGUGUGUUCCUUUUCGCUCCCUUUUCCCCCCCAUAUCCCAACCUACCAACGUCACUCGUUUCUCAGCUUCCCCGCCCUCCCCUCAUUUUCACCGCCCUCCCCUCAUUUUCACCGCCCUCCCCUCAUUUUCACCGCCCUCCCCUCAUCUUACCCUCUCUCUUCCCAUCUUCCCCUCUCUCUUCCCAUCUUACCCUCUCUCGUCCCCAAUCUCUUCCCACCGUACCCUCUCUCCCCCCAUCUUCCCCUCUCUCUUCCCAUCUUACCCUCUCUCCGCCCAUCUUCCCCUCUCUCUUCCCAUUUUACCCUCUCUCCCCCGAUCUUACCCUCUCUCCCCCCAUCUUACCCUCUCUCUUCCCAUCUUCCCCUCUCUCUUCGCAAGGGGGUGA